AUGGGAGCAGAAUUGAAGUGUAUGGGGAGAUGGGAAAGUGAGGAAAGGGGAAGUAGUGGGAGUUGUGAUGAUGAAAGGGAAGAAAAGAUGGAAAGAGCCACUAAAAAUGACCGGACAGGAGACUGGAAAUUGGGUUGGGAUGUUAACCAACCCCAAUUUGGUGAUAUGAUUGUGCUCAUCUCAUCAUGCGGCGCGUGGAUUCUGCUUUGCUUUUUCAUACGCAAAAUUCUUCCUACACACACCCAUCUCUCACAUAUACCACAGCCACUGGAUCAUGCACACUUGUGCAGUCAAACCAUUCUCACAACUCCCCCUGACAAUGAAAUGGUCCAACUCUUCUUGCUUCUUCCCUUCUCCCCUUACAUCUUCCUCUUUCUCAAAGUCUAUCCAGUUCUUGCUUUCAAUGAUUUGGACUCGCUUUCCCUUUCACGUCCUGAAGCUACCUUACUGCAGUUACAAUUGUUCACUCAAUGGCACGACCGACUGAUAGGUCUGAUUGGGAAUUCUGAAAAGCAGUUGUGGGCAUUGAUCCAUUCUAAAGGCCUUUUGCACUCUGAUGCUCAAGACCUGUACCGAAAGGUCCGGUCUAGUUAUGAGAUAAAAAUCUUGAGCAAUCACAUGCUUUCAGAACUUCAGGAUGUUGAAUAUUCUUUGUGGAAGCUGCACUACAAGCAUAUUGACGAAUUUCGCAAAAUGAUAAAGAAAAGCUCUGGUAACGUGGAGAGCAAAACAUCUGGAAUGCCUCAAAAUUAUGUUGUGCAUGGAGACAACGACAAUCAUUUAAAGUUAUUUAAGAUAUUUCUGACAGAAGCUAUUGAGUUUUACCAAACUCUGAUUGUCAAACUUAGAAAACAUUAUGGAGUCCCGGUGGAGGCUUUGUUUUAUAAAAAGGGUUGGAAUUCUGCUUCUGUCGAACCAGAUGUCAUGCAGAAAUGCCAGUAUUUAUGUCAUCGUUGCUUAGUUUGUAUGGGGGAUCUCUCAAGGUAUAAGCAACAAUGUGAAAACCCUGACAUUCAAAAUCAUAAUUGGUCGGUUGCUGCUACACAUUAUUUGGAAGCAACAAGGAUUUGGCCAGACAGUGGUAACCCACAAAAUCAGUUGGCUGUAUUGGCAACGUAUAUUGGUGAUGAAUUUCUUGCUCUCUACCACUGUAUAAGAAGUUUAGCAGUUAAAGAACCUUUUCCUGACGCCUGGAACAACCUUAUCUUGUUGUUUGAAAAGUUCCUUUUAUGUGUUCUGAUGUUGUUUACCGUUAUCUUCCGAAGCAGUUUCGAGGAAUUCUCUAUUGCAUUGGCUUCAACAAUUGUAGAGUUGGAUAAAAUGAUGGAGCUAGAAGACAUAGAACUAAAGCCCAUGAUGGAAUCCUAUAGUCAAAUGGAUUUAGUCAGAAGAGGUCCUUUCCGAGCCAUACAAGCAGUUUCUAUUCUCAUAUUCUCCCUAACAAAUCUACUUGGAAAAAGUGAAUCUGAAGACAAAAAUGAUAGGCAGUUGAUGCAACUGGCAUUAGCUGCUGCAUUCAGCUUGAUGGGACGUUUCAUUGAAAGAUGCCUAAAGGCUAGAUCUUUGAAUCAUUGCCCCUUGUUGCCAUCAGUGCUUGUCUUUGUGGAGUGGUGUUCAAGCAUACAUGACAUAUGUGCAACUGAUCAAAAGAGUAUAAGAGCUAUUUCUUAUUUUUUUGAUGUGUUUGUUAAACUUCUUAAUCAGCUAAAGGAUGAUAGAAAGGAAACCAAAAAACAUCAUGAUAGAUCUCCUCUGUGGGAGGAUUAUGAGUUGAGGGGCUUUAUACCUAUUUCUUAUUUACAUCUCUCAUUGGAUUUCUGUGGUAACUGGGAACACAUAGACAACUUUGAAAGUGGAAUUGAAUUGCGCACUGAGCGCAUCAGAGAAGCAGCAGUAAAGAUGGCUAGCAGAUCAAAUAAUUGGCAGAAGUGGAUCACAUGUGAUAGAUUAGGAAAUAUAUUUUAUGUGGCUAGAUCAGAUGAAGAUCAUGACAAGAAAGAAACACGAAAAAUGGAGUCCAAUAGCAAUAUUACAGAACUUAAAGAGCCUAAUCAGCAAUCUGACAAAGGCACUGGAGAGCAUGGUGAAUGGAUGACAGAGGAUAAUCCAAGUAGCUCCAGCACCACCAUUAGAAAAUCUUAUGUAGUGGAAGAGGAAGAAGUUAUUCUCUUCAGGCCUCUGACAAGGUAUAAUUCAGCACCAUCACACCCCACUCUCUCCACUGUUGACCAGAUGUCACCAAAAUACAAGGACAACCAAAGCGUUCAGUCUGAUGAUUGUUUGCGCCGUGCUAGUUCUCUGCUUAUGGCACAAAACCCAGCUCAAACUCACAGUGAUCCAUGGGAAUUCCAUGACAGCAUUUUGGAUUUAAAGAGUGACAGCUCAUUCAAACAGCAAGAAACGUCAACAAAGGAAUCAGAUGCACACACUUUCUCUGAAGCCCUAAUCUCUGCAGGCCCUCCUUCUCUCAAUGCAUGGGUCCUUGGUAGAGGAAGCUUGAGCAACAACAAAAGUAAUGGGACAAAUGGCCUUAGUGAGCACAGGUUGCAGCCAAUUGAGGAAAUAGCCUCUUCAUCUUUGGCCAGUCUUUCCAUCAAUAAAUCUGAAAAUUCAGUCACAAGUUCAGUGGAUGAGUCUUCAAACUAUUCCCUUUCUGCUACAUAUUCCCUUCCAGUGCCUUCUGCUCCAUUACUCCCUGAUAAUGCUGCAUGGUUUACGAAUGCACAGUCUAGUUUAUCUCCUCCAUUAUUUCCAGACAAUUCAGGUUGGAGUUCUACUUACGGACCACAUGGAUAUGAUCCUAGAUUUCCUGUUCUUUCUAAUGGAUACCCACCACCUGGAAGAAUGACUUCUUCAGAAUGGCUGCGUUGGUAUAGAGAGAAUUACAAACCUGAAAGGACCAACAAUUACAUGCAACCUACUCAUUUAAAUACUCCUGGUCCUGAAAAUCAUGUAAACUUCCUCUAUCAUGAUACUUACAGCUUUGAUCAAUUAAAUAGAUGGAGCAACAGCAACAGCAACCCUUUGUCUUCUAACCAGUACACUUACAUGGAGCCCCCAGGGCCCCCUCCAUUGCAGCCAGGUUUUUUAUCUGCUUUUGGUGAGCACAAAGGUAGUGUCUACAACAAUUUUCAAAGACCAAGUCCAUAUGGGUGUGGUGCAUUGACAGACCUGAGGAAUGAGCCACAGUCUCUGCUAGAGUGUCUGAAGGAGAAGGAAUGGCGACUCCAGCUAGAUCCUAAUGUCAGAGGGCCUACAUUCAUGGGAAAUUAG